AUGGCCUCAGCUAUGGUGAACAACGUGGGGCUAGUGGCGCCGGAUGGAUUCCUGGACCUGGCCCCCUCUUCGGGAGCGUACUCGUCCUGCGGCUGGCUUAGCCCCAGGAUCUCCUUCAGCCACGACUUCGACGACGAUGAGAAGCUCCAAGGACGUCAGAAGGCCGAGGAGAGCUCAGCGGCGGCGGCGGUGAAGCCUCCGUCCUCCCGGUUCUCUGUAGCGGAGAAGAAGAAGGCGGCGGCGGGGGCGGCGGCGUCGGAGGAGGAGGAGGAGGAGGUAGAUCUGGGAGGAUCUCCUGGCAGGGAGGUGGUGGUGGAUUUCGAGUUCCGCCGUUUGGAUGAUCCAGUCACGAUGCUUCCCGCCGAUGAGCUGUUUUCGGAUGGAAAACUGGUCCCGCUUCAGCUUGCCUCUGUCCGCCCCUCUUCUGCGGAUUCUGCCGCAACGUUGCCGUCCCCCGGUGUGUUUGCAGAGGAGAUCCGAUCUCCGGAGUUGCAGAAGAUGCGGCAGAUGGUGGAGGAGGCCGCGGGAUCGGACCAGUGCGGCGCCUUGUUUUCGCCGAAGGCGCCGAGGUGUUCCAGCCGCUUGAGGGAGCUGUUUGGUCUGAAGAAGGCGACGCAUAACGGUUAUGGAGCGAAAACAGAGGAGUUGCAGAAGUCGCCUCCUUCCUCCGUGCCGUCGGGGGUCAGCGCCACUCACAGGUCUUCCGCCGCACGCUCGCUCAGGCAUUUUCUCCACAGGAGUCACAGAUCCUCCGCGUCGAUUGACGCGUACCUAAGCCUUCCACUUCUCCGGGACUCCGACUCGGAUUCAGUCUCCAUGUCCGCUCGCCUUUCUCUCUCAUCAUCAUCGUCUUCUGGUCCGGAUCACGAAGAACUCCCUCGUCUCUCUUUGGACUCCGACAAGCCGUCCCAUGGGCGCAAUCCACCCAGAGUUCGUCUCGUCCCCAAGCUGAGGCCCUGUGUUGAUCCGUCCUCGAGGCCCAACCAAGUGCUGGAUUAUAGGCAUCACCAAUCUACGACCGCUCAGAUACAUACCGGAGCUGUUGCGGCAGGGGCUGGUGGGAGCGCCAGGAGUCCGAUGCGAAGGGGGUCAGGAGACCCCACAUCGAUCCCCACAAGGGGUGCGUCACUCGACUCGCCCCGGAUGAACUCGUCGGGUAAGGUGGUAUUCCAGAGCCUGGAGAGGAGUUCGAGCAGCCCGAGCACCUUCAACGGAGGGCCAAGGGUCAAGCACCGUGGGGUAGAGCGUUCGUACUCUGCCAACGUCGUAAGGGUGGCACCAGUGCUGAACGUCCCCUUGUGUUCUCUGCGGGGCUCGUCUAAGCCUGGUUCCAUGUUCGGCUUCGGACAGCUUUUUGCUUCCUCGACGCAGAAGAAGGACACAGUCUCAGGGACACAGCCCUCGUGGGUGGCCGCCAGAAACAGUAACGGCAGCAGCAGUGCCGUGGGGAGGAACGUGAAGACUUUAAGGUCGUACGGGGAAUUUAGGUAA